UGUCGUGUGUUUUGAACACACACAUGAUAUGAAUGCACGUGGGAUUAGUUUUAUUUUGUAGUUUUUAAUAAUUCUUUUUAAUAUGUAAAAAUAUGUUCAUCUCUAAUUAGUUUCGUAAACUAAUGAACUGGUGAUCUGUGAUAACCUUUAAGUUUACUACUACAUUUAACGAAAUGCAGUUAAAAGAAAAUCGGAAAAUCAAACCGAAUAAAAUGUCUUCAAUUAAGAGCGAUGACUUAAUUCUGAAGAGGAAAGGUGGUGGGAGUAUUAUUGAUCAUCGACCACUUUUUUCUAACGAUGGAGAAACGCUGUAUGUGGUUUGGAAGCAAGUCAUCAAAGCAUACAGCGCAACCACUGGUGACUUUGUCAAAGAAUUGGAACCAGCUCACCAUAAAAUAGUUAAUAUCGUUAUUUCACCUGAAAAUCCUGAUACCUUAAUUGGUUGCACAGAUAAUGCAGAACUUGUUCAUUGGAAUUGUCACAAUGGUCUUAUAACAUCUAAAACGAAACUUGGAUUUCCUAAAAGUUCUAAAAUCAAACUUAGAUCUUUUCAUAUAAUGUAUUACAAAACAUUUCAGAAUAAAGACAUGUGCAAUGGUGUAAUUAGUUCUGUCAAAGUAAAAGGAGAUAAUGUAACUUUACGACUUGAAUUGUUCGAUUUAAAGCUUGGAACUAGGAUCCUAAACAAAGAAAUAGAGAAUUUUAGUAAAGAAUAUUACAUUGAUAUAAUUGGCAAUUAUGGAAAUAAUCUCAUAGCUAUUGCACAAGAAACAUUUUUGUACAUAUUAAGUCCUACUCAUGCUUUAAAGUUUAAUCGUCACAAAACAGGAAGGAAAGUUACAUGUGUAUCAGGUCACCCUGAAGAGGAAUGUGUAGCAAUAGGAGAUGUGAGUGGUAGAGUGGUUGUUUUGAAAGAUAUCUUACAAACUAAUACAGUUAGAGCUGUAUAUCAUUGGCAUACUUUAGCUGUCACUGAAAUUGCAUUCAGUAAAUCUGGUGGUCAUAUGUACACUGGAGGUGGGGAAUGCGUUCUUGUAAAAUGGUUAGUAUCGAAUCCUCAAAAUAAGUCCUUUCUUCCUCGACUACCAGCUCCCAUAAGAUAUCUUACAGUUGCACCAGAAAAUAUUUAUGUAGCAGUUUCAACUUUAGAUAAUGGUAUUAUUAUAGUAAAUCCUCAAAGGAAAUUGACAGCAGUAAUACAGAACUUCACAUGGGGUGUAGCUAGCUCUCCGAAAAGUUUAUUCCCAGCAGGUUUGACUGUAGAUCCUCGAACAAAUAGUCUAGUGCUUAAUAGUCGAACUGGUCAUGUACAAUUUUUUAAUCCUCGCACAAAAAGCUUAUUGUAUAAUGUAAAUAUAACUGCUCAAAACAUACUAACGCAAGAAAGGGACGCAAUUAUUGUAAAUACUGAGGUUACUAGAGUAGCAAUAAGUUCUGAUGGAGUAUUUAUGGCAACAAUGGAAGAACGGGAUGAUGGCGUUUCAAGUAUGGAAAUUAGGCUCAAAUUUUGGGAGUUUCAUGCAGACAAGCAGAACUUUGUUUUAAAUACAUCAAUUGAACUUCCACAUGAAAAUGGAGUGAAUGCGUUAAAAUUUAAGCCAAAAACAUCGUUAGGUGAUGAAGAACAGUUUGUCGUAACUGUUGGCAAAGAUAAAAAAUUCAAAAUGUGGCAGUUAAUACAUGGUUCAACGAGUGAAGGUAUAAAGAGGCACUGGAAAUGCUACAGUGUUGGAUACUAUGCAUAUCAAUCAGCUUUAGAUGCAGAAUUUUCUGUUGAUGGCUCACUCAUAGGAGUAGGAUUUGGUUCUACGUUGACUUUAUGGUCUACCGAAAACAGCGUCCUGAAAAGUUGUUUAAGUCAUAGUCAUUACCCCCAUCCUAUAACUCGAAUUGAAUUUGGAAAGCAGUCAAACGAGUGUAUCCAUCUAGUUGUUGCUGCUUCAUCUGAACACAUGGCAAUUUGGGAUCUUUUGUCAUUAUCAAUGAAAUGGAGUGUACCUAUAAAUUUAACUAUACUAACUUCUGAUCCUUUAUCUGACUACAUGGCAGCAUUUACUGCUGAUAGCACGCUGUUUGUAUUUACACCGGCAAGUCACGAACCUGUAUAUAUUAGAAAGAACUUAGUCGAGAAAGAUACGACGGUAUUGGCAGCUUGUUUUUCGGCCAAUUAUCUUAACAAUGAGGAAGAAACAGUGAUGUGGCAGAGGAAAUCUCAAUUGUUCUUUUUAGAUUCAGAACAAGAACUUUUGACUCUGGAAUCCAAAUCAGAAUCCAGUAAAGCUCUGGAAAAUUUAUCGGCUAGUCGUAACUUACCAUUGACAGCAUUCAAUCGUCUUGUAGCUGCUGAGAGAAUAACGAACGUUGAAAAAACAUCUGUUGUGCAUGAUUACAUCAAGGGAAUUAGCAAGAAUGCCGUUGAAGAAUUGCUGAGUGUACCAGCACAUACACUACCGCCUAUGAGGAUGCUGUGCAUGCCGUUUAUUCUUUCGCUGAUGGGUACUUCGGGCAAAGUAACCAAGGAUACACCAACCAAAAAAACGAUCAAAGUCAAUGAGGACCAAUCGGAUAGCGAAGACGAACACUAUAACAUUAAAACAAUUCUUACUGGUAAAGAAAAGAAUUUGAAUAACGAGAAGGAGACAAAAGACAAGUCGACGAAACUGAUCGAUUUAGAUUGGAGUUUCUUAUCGGCUAUACUGCCAAGCGACGAGUCCGUCAGUUAGUAGCGUUGAC